AUGAAGGAAAGAGGCAAAUCUGUUGAAUCAGAAACAGAGUACACAAACUUCUACCAAGAUUACAACUUUUACAACUCAUCAUCUUCCAACAUCCCCUGUAAAAAACACCCAUCUUCAUCCCCUGUUGGAAUAUGUGCAUAUUGCCUUAAAGACAGGCUCAUGAAGCUUGUGUGUUCAGAUUGUGGAGAACAGAGGCUUUCUUCAUGUUCUUGCUCUGAUGUUUCCUCCUACAGAAACUCUUCUUGCACUGUUGAUGUUGGAAGUGUUGGUAGAAUCUCAUUCUUGAUUGAAAAUGAUGACCAAAGAUCACUCUUUGAUUUCAAGAAACAGAGCAAGAAGGAAACAGAGGAUGUGCUUAUGUUCAAAAGGAGUAAUAGUUGUGUUGUUGAGGUGAAAAAGAGUCAUGGGUUUUGGAGGAUUGGGAAGCUUUUCAAGAAGAGGAGAGAGAAAGAGGAGUGUAGAGAGAGAAACAGUGAGAUUUGGGUGAAUGAUUGUGGGAUGGAUGUGUCUAGAUCAAGGUCUUUGUGUAGUUUUAGGGGUGGGGGGUUUGAUCAUGAGGGGGGGAGUGUUAGUGAUAUGGCGUUUUCGAGUGCGAAAAUAUCGGAUUUUAAUGAGUCUGAGCCCAGGAAGAGUGGAUUUAGAGGUGGAUUGAUGGAUUUUGAACAUGGGUUUUCGGCAAAAGAGAGCGAAUUUAGUCGAAUUCAUGAUGAUUCGAGUUUUAUUGAUUUGAAACUUGAUUUAUCGGAUCGGUCGAAAACAGAGUACUCUGUUUUUAAUAAAACAGAGUACCCUGUUUUCAAAAGCCCAUUAGAGGUUGGUGGUUGUGGUGGUGGCGGUGGCAGUGGCGGUGGUGUCGGUGGUGGCGGAUUAUUAUCAUCAUCAUCAUGUAGGAUUACAGUGAAUGAGAGGGGGAUUAAGAAGGGGAGUAAAGGGCAUAGUAAGGUAUGGAAGUGGAUAUUCAAGCAACAUUCUGGGAAGAAAGAUUUGAAUCACAUUUUGGAAUCUUGA